CAGGAUAGCAAAAGAUGGAGAGCAGAGAAAGUCAGGAGAGCGCUCCUAGGGGAGCCUCCACAGACACAGAUGACAGGAAAUGACCCACCCCUGUGGUCACUUACUCCAAAGGCACAGACCUUCAACGUGCUCGUCGUGGAAUGGAUGAGGCUGCAGAGACCCAGCCACCGCGCCCUUCGUUUUGCCCUGAGAAAGGAGAAGAAAUGAAAGUAGGGGGUGUUUCCAUCACUCCGCAGAAGGAGUGUGCCUGGGUUGGGAUCUGCCGGGAUGGAAGGCUGCUGACUGCAACUCUCCUGCUGGCCCUGUUGUCCAGCAGCCUCACGGUGAUGUCCUUGUACCGGUUUGCUGCCCUGCAAGCUGACCUGAUGAGCCUGCGCGCGGAAUUGCAGCGCUACCGGGCUGCAGCAGCAUCGGCCGCCCCAGGGGCUCCAGGGGCCCCCGCAGGUGCCAAACUCCUGGCACCGGCAGCUGCGCGAGCCCACAACUCCAGCUUCGGCCACAGGAACAGACGCGGUUUCGAGAAUCCGGAGGAAACAGUCACUCAAGACUGUCUGCAACUGAUUGCAGACAGUGCCACGCCGACCAUACGAAAAGGAUCUUACACAUUUGUUCCAUGGCUUCUCAGCUUUAAAAGAGGAAGCGCACUGGAGGAGAGAGAGAACAAGAUCGUGGUGAAGCAAACGGGUUACUUCUUCAUCUACAGCCAGGUUCUAUACACAGAUACCAUCUUUGCCAUGGGGCAUCUCAUCCAGAGGAAAAAAGUGCACGUCUUUGGGGAUGAGCUGAGCCUGGUGACCCUGUUCCGAUGUAUUCAGAAUAUGCCAAGAACACUACCCAACAAUUCCUGCUACUCAGCUGGCAUAGCGAGAUUGGAAGAAGGAGACGAGAUUCAGCUCGCGAUACCUCGAGAGAACGCGCAGAUCUCCAGAGACGGAGAUGGCACCUUCUUUGGGGCCCUAAAAUUGCUGUGACCCCCACUUCCUGGACUGCGACCCCUUCCCUCCUUUCUCCUGGACCUCCACGAGAAAAAUGAACAGCUGGAAAUAUCAAAAGACGGGGAAGUCACCGCCCAAACUUUCCUUGGGAGCAGUUUAGUUUGCGUGAUUCACUGAAACUGGUCCAAAACAGGAGAUUUAACGGACAACCACGACCAAAACUUAUCAUGUGGGUUACGAGAAAUGUAGUCCGUAGUCCGGUAGUCGUAAAGAGGACCCGAAAGGCUGCGCUCUGCAGUCUGUGUCAACACGGCAAACGCCCUUGCUCCUCAUCUUGGGAAACACACAGUUCAGAAAGCAGGAAGAUUUCCUCAGAAGAGGACUUUCGGACUCCGCAGUGAGAAGAGGGUUCAUUCGUAUCUGUAGUCACUGAAACAUUCCUGCAAAGUCUCAGGAUUUAUCUUUCUUUUCACAUUAAAUAGACUCUUCUUUUUUCUAGUUAAUACUAGGGAAAUUUUUGCUUGUUUGUUUGUUUUUUAAAUCUAGGUGUCUUGAACUAGUCAUAGACAAAAAUGCUUAGAGGUUCAACUUUGGACAUUUUAAAAUAAACUUAAUUUAAAAUGUUUAAACUUCAAAUAAUUGAAAAAAAAACUUCAAAUAAUUGGAUAGAAAAGCGCUGACUAUUGAGGUUUUCCUGGUUUAGGUCAAGUGUGCUAUUGUUUCUCAAACCUUAUUGACGUCUUUUUCACGGGAGAAAGGCAUCCUCUCAUUUUGGAUCACAUGUGUAUUUUGUAAUAACCCUCAGUUGCUUUGUAAAACGUUAUCGCAGACACCAUCUGAUGAGCACACAGAACCCAUAAUGCAAACCUGUGCUCACUCUCAGCAAACCCCACGUCGAGGACACCUAAUGCGAAACUGCAGUCACGCCCACCAAACCCUCACGUCGAGGCCGCAUCUGUAGCAGAGGAAUGAAUGCACUGUGCCCGUGUCCAGUCUCAUUGCAUGCUGCCACUGCUGCUGCUACUGCUGCUGCAGUUCUUGCGAUGCAGCCCUGCAGGAAGAUCUGCCUUGUUUGCUCUGUAAUCAUUGAGGUUUAAGCAGAGUUCAUAGCAUCGGGCUUCAUACAAGGCACAUACAUGCUCCCAUGAUAACUGUGCCUCAGGGGGGUUCCUCACAGAGAAUUGCACUUCACAGAGCUGCACAUGCGUCUCUCGUGGCGUCUGCUUCCUGUGUGUUAGGUCUUGUGUGUCAUUAGUUGCUCCCACUGGAUGCUUCGCUUCACUAAAGAGGAAAUGGAAGAAGAGACAUCUAUUUCCCCAUCGACCUUAAAAUAGUGUAAAGAUGACCUUGACACAACACAGGAAACAAUUCGAAUCUGUAUCACAAAUCUAAUGUUGCUUAACUCUCCGUUUUCUGUAUCUUUUGUUUUGGGAGUUCAAGUGAGAUGAACUUGGAAGUUUAUUUUGUUUUAUAAAACAGUAAUUAGAAAGCAGAAGUGGUCGGUGGGAAGGGCAUUGAUUCAGAGGAAUGGCUAGCGAUUUCCAUGGCGUUGCUGCUUAGGUUGAUUGCCAAAUAA